UUUAAUGUCAUUAUGCUCCCAUCUGAACACAGUGUGACACUUUGCACAAAGCAACUCUCAAUACUUUCCGCAAUUUGGUAACAGCUACUGCGAGUCCCUCCCUCAGAGCAUUAAAAUGGCCGCAUGGAGAGCUGCUGGAUUGAACUACAUCAACUAUUCCAACAUUGCCGCUCGUCUGCUGCGAAAGGCGCUAAAGCCGGACCUGAGGACUCAAGCCGCUCGGCGUGAUGAUUCGCAUAUUAAGUUCACCAAAUGGCAGGGCGGCAAGCCGGAGAAUGAAAAGUGAUAGGAUAAUUCAUUUUUCACUCUAGUGAGCAGUCAGGUUAUCACUGAGUAAACAAAAGGUAAGAUCGGCAAGUAAGACGCGGAAAAAUUACCUUUAUUGCUGCUAGUGAACGAAAUAAAUCAUGUGAACACAUCAAGUUGCUGAUCAAAACUAUUAACUACUUCAUGAUUAUUUCUAUGGAAAGAAAUGAUCUAAAUCAAAAUCAAACGCCAAAUCAAACCAAAUCAAAAUCAAUCAAAUCUUGUUAUCAUCAACCUCUGCAUACGGCAGAUUGUCUUGUAAGAUCUAUGAGACCGAUAUGUGAUUUAUUUCGUCUCCUAAACAUAGCAACAGUAGACUAAAAAAAGUUUAUAAAGGAGCAGGAUUUU